UUGAUUGGCUUUUCUGCAUUCCAUUUCCAUGAUGUUUGCGAUACAUGAAUUGCAUUGCCUUCCUGUUCGCCCCCUGGCUUUGCAGGUUCCCCGUCUUUGGCAUCCACUGAGCAGUACAGUGCCCUCGUGUCCCUGGAAGGCGAAAUGUAUUCCUGCCGGCAGUGCACCUAUGUGAACAACAAAAAGGGGAAUAUGAAAAGACACCUUCGCAAGCAUACGGGCGAGCGCCCAUUCCCGUGCCACCUGUGUCCGGCUGCAUUUAGUCAAAACACUAAUCUCGUUGCUCACUUGCGCACCCACACUGGAGAGAGACCCUUUUCCUGUGUACACUGCAAUGCGUCCUUUUCAACGAACGCGCACCUAACGGAGCACUUGCGCACCCACACAGGAGAGCGUCCUUUUGCCUGUGCCCAGUGCAAUGCAUCUUUUCCGCGUAAACAGAUUCUCACUGACCACAUGCGCACCCACACAGGAGAGCGUCCCUACACCUGUGACCUCUGCAGUGCAUCCUUUUCUCUUAAUACCACCCUCAAAAAACAUAUGCGUGCCCACACAGGAGAGUGUCCCUUUUCCUGUGGAUACUGCAAUGCGUCCUUUUCAGUGAAACGGUGUCUUCUUCGCCACAUUCCAUUGCCUUCCUGUUCUCCCCUUGGCAUUGCAGGUUCCCCGUCUUUGACAUCCAGUGAGCAGUACAGUGCACUCGUGUCCGUGGAAGGCGAAAUGUAUUCCUGCCGGCAGUGCAAUUAUGUGAACAACAAAAAGGGGAACAUGGAAAGACACCUUCGCAGGCAUACGGGCGAGCGUCCAUUCCCGUGUCACCUCUGUCCAGCUGCAUUUAGUCAAAACACUAAUCUUGUUGCUCACUUGCGCACCCACACUGGAGAGAGACCCUUUUCCUGUGUACACUGCAAUGCAUCCUUUUCAAAGAACGGGCACCUAACGGAGCACUUGCGCACCCACACAGGAGAGCGGCCUUUUGCCUGUGCCCAGUGCAAUGCAUCUUUUCCGCGUAAACAUAAUCUCACUGAACACAUGCGCACCCACACGGGAGAGCGUCCCUUCACCUGUGACCUCUGCAAUGCAUCCUUUUCUCAUAACGUCACCCUCAAAAAACAUAUGCGUACCCACACAGGAGAGCGUCCCUUUUCCUGUGGAUACUGCAAUUCGUCCUUUUCAGUGAAAGGGAAUCUUCUUCGCCACAUUCGCACCCACACAGGAGAUCAAUAGGUCCUUUACACUGGAACACAACCUCAUUUGCCACAGUGUGGUUGUGCAAGUAAGAGGGGUGCAGAUUUUUUUUCCUAGGGCUCAUUGAUUGUUUUACUGCAGAUGGCAACUUCUAAAGUAGCUCGAAAGGUUUUUGGAUUCUGCAGCUACUGUGUUUUUCACAGUAUAUUGCUUAGAGAGAAGUGCGUCAUUUUUUUAAAGAACUUCUGAAGGGCGUUU